UCCCGUCCAUUGUUGCCAGAUUGGGCCAGACACUGGCUGCAAAUCUGGCACAAUCUGGCAACACUGGCCAAUGGGAUCGCAAACACACCACGGUCCAAACCCCGGAUAAUAGGCUGGAUCACAGAAUGGGAUAUGAUUCAGACACAUGCUCGGACGCGCAACUAGUGAACAAGUAAAACGACAGUUUUACGGGGCAGAGGCCUACAGUUUACCAUGGCACUCUGAACUCUGACCUUUGGUGACCUGGUGAGGAGAAGGAGGUAGGAGGUGGAGGCGGAGGAGGGGGAGGAGAAGGAGGAGGAGGAAGGAGGUCAGUUACCCUGGGAGGAAGGAAGAUAGGAAAGAACCCAGUGUGAGACUGACGUCGGCCACAGCCCUGCUCCUCUAGCCAGUAGCCAACGCCCUCCUAGCCUCAAUCCCUCCCCCACACAGAGGCUGACGUUAUGGGCAACACGGCCACCAAGUUCCGCAAGGCCCUGGUGAGCGGAGACGAGGCCCUGGCCUGGCAGCUCUACGAGGGGAACCCCCAGUUCAGGGAGGGCCUGGACCCCAACGCCUCGUACGGGGAGCCAUACCAGCACAACACCCCGCUGCACUACGUCUGUCGCCACGCCAUGACGCGGCUCCUCAGGUCCUUCCUGUUCAGCAAGGAGGGGAACCCCAACAAGCGCAACCUGCACAAUGAGACCUGCCUCCACGUGCUGUGCCAGGGCCCGCAGAUCCUGCUGCUGCCAGAGGGGGCGCUCUCCCCUCGCCUUGCCCGGCCCCAGAGGGACGAGCAGCGACGGGCCGACAGCCUGCAGAUGAUCCUGAGCUGGACGGGGGCCAGGCUAGGCAGGGGCCAGUAUGAGAGGGCCAAUGUCAACGCAACCGACAACCACCACAGCACCUGCCUCCACUACGCGGCGGCGGCGGGCAUGAAGAGCUGUGUGGAGCUGCUGGUGCAGAACCAGGCGGAUCUGUUCGUGGAGGACGAGGAGCGCCUGACGCCGUGUGACCACGCCGAGCGCCAGCAGCACACGGAGCUGGCCCUCAGCCUCGAGUCCCAGAUGGUCUUCUCCUCCUCCUCCUCCUCGGCCCAGGAGGCGCACGCCGACUCCUGCUUGAUCCCCAGAAAGGAGCCCUACGAGGGUCUGAAGCUGCAGGACCUGCGGCGGCUGAAAGACAUGCUGAUCGUGGAGACGGCGGACAUGUUGCAGGCUCUCUUCACAGCAGAGGCGCUGCUCCGAGCACACGACUGGGACCGGGAGAAGCUUCUGGAGGCGUGGAUGUCGGACGGGGAGGGCUGCUGCCAGCGGUCGGGCGUGGCCAUGCCCACGCCACCGCCCAGCGGCUACAACGCCUGGGACACCCUGCCCUCCCCCCGCACGCCCAGGACCCCCCGCUCCCCCCUCACCCUCACCCUCACCUCACCCACAGACAGCUGCCUCACCCCGGGGAGGAGGCCAUGGCCACGUCUAGACACCAGUGAGACUCGGUGUGUGUGUGUGUGUGUGUGUGUGUGUUGUGUGUGUGUGUGUGUGUGUGUGUGUGUGUGUGUGUGUGUGUGUGUGUGUGUGUGUGUGUGUGUGUGUGUGUGUGUGUCAGUGGCGGGCGUGGGCGAGGCCUAUGAGGACGCUGCUAACUGCUUGUGGCUGUUGACCAACUCCAAGCCCUGUGCCAACUGCAAGUCGCCCAUUCAGAAGAACGAGGGCUGCAACCACAUGCAGUGUGCCAAGUGCAAGUAUGAUUUCUGCUGGAUCUGUCUGGAGGAGUGGAAGAAGCACAGCUCUUCGACGGGGGGCUACUACCGCUGCACCCGCUAUGAGGUCAUCCAGCAGCUGGAGGAGCAGUCCAAGGAGAUGACCGGAGAGGCAGAGAAGAAGCACAAGAGUUUCCAGGAGCUGGACCGCUUCAUGCACUACUACACUCGCUUAAGGAACCAUGAGCACAGCUACAAGCUGGAGCAGAAAUUGCUGAAAACCGCCAAAGAGAAGAUGGAGCAGCUGAGCAGAGCCUUCAUUAGCCGUGAGGGGACGCCUCCGGACACGCGCUUCAUCGAGGACGGGGUGAGCGAGCUGCUGAAGACGCGCCGCGUGCUGAAGGUCUCAUACCCCUACGGCUUCUUCCUGACGCCCGGCAGCACACAGAAGGAGAUCUUUGAGCUCAUGCAGACGGACCUGGAGAUGGUGGUGGAGGACCUGGCCCAGAAGGUGAACCGGCCGUACCUGAGGACACCAUGCCAUAAGAUCAUCAGCGCAGCGCGGCUGGUGCAGCAGAAGAGGCAGGAGUUCCUGGCCUCCGUAGCGCGCGGUGUGGCCCCCAACGACUCCCCCGAAGCCCCCCGCAGGAAUUACCCAGGAGGUUCGUGGGAUUGGGAGUACCUGGGCUUCGCCUCACCGGAGAUGCUGACUCGUCACUCUGUACUGGGAGGAGGGGAUCCAAGAGAGAGGCAGUCCCAGGAGUACGCUGACCUCCAGUACCGACGGCGGCAUCGCCAGCGUCGCCGUGGCGAUAUGCUGAGUCUACACAGUCUGCGGAGCGGCAGCAACACGCCAGAGACGGGCCGGAGGAGUGACAGCUCUGAGGGACUAGAGAGGAGCGAGAGCAGAAGACGAGCCCUGGGCUCCCUGGACGACGAGGACCCCAACAUCCUGCUGGCCAUCCAGCUCUCCCUGCAGGAGUCCCGCAGGGAGAGGAGCCUGGGUCCCCUGGAGGGAGGAGGAGGAGGAGGAGGAGGGGAGGAGGAGGAGGAGGAGGAGGAGGAGCGCCAGGAGCUGGAUGUCAGGAGAAUGGUGAUGGAGGGAGGAGAGGACCUCAGAUUGGGUCUCGGGGUUAGCCUGGCAGGCAUGCUAUCCGCCUCCGAAAGCCUAGAGGCUGACGGGGCGCUGGGACCCCCCCGCGGCCCCCCUACCUACCCCACCUCCCGUCUCAGCGCCCCCCGCCCCCCAACCAGGACAGACUCUGCCCACCAGCUUCCCCCACCCUCCACCUCCUCCACCUCCUCCAUCACCCCCCUCCCUCUCCCCCCGCCUCCCCCUGCCCUAUGUGCUGAGCUGCUGGAGCUGGGGAACGUGACCGCGCCCUACGGGGGGCCGGCUCAGGGAGCGCCGCCGCCGCCCCUGCAUCACACACGGGACCACUGCGAGCUAGCCGUCGGCCCCAACAUACUGACCGUCCAGCACCUGCUUGACCACAUGGCCGCCGCCGCCGGGCCCUGCGGCGCCGGCCAACGAGAGCAGACUUACCGUCUGGUGGCGGGCGACCACUCUGAACGCACUCCCAGACGCACCGCCCCCGGUGCCCCAGAACGCCUCCCUGCCGCUCGCCCCCCUGCCCAGCUGUGCCUCCCCUCCCCGGGCACGGAGCCGGACCUCCUGGUGUCCCCCGUCAUCCCCCCGGGCGGGGCCUUCACCCCCAGCGACCCCCAGAGCCUGGAGCCCCUGGACCCCGAGGCCGGGGUCCAGCUGCUGGACAACAUCAUGGCCUGGUUCAACCACAACAUCAACCCCCAGAACAGCCCCCACAGCCUGGCCCUCAUCCCCUCGCCCCCCACCACCGAGACCGAGUCCUCCCCAGACUCGCUCACCGAGCCCAGCUCGGAGAGGCUCUCCUCCAGGGGAGCCCCCCCCGCCUGGCAGCCCCUGGAGGGUGAGCCCGAGGCGGGGAGCGAUGGCCUUGGGGUCGGGGCCGGGGGCGGGGGGGGCCUGGAGGCCUUAAGGCCUGACAGUCUGGAACUGGACCUGGACCUGGACCUGGAGUUGGAUAACAGGGAAGCAGGCGUAGAGGGUCAGGGGGCUGUGGAGGGUCAGGGGGGCGUGGAGGGCGUAGAGGGGGCCUGCGAUGGGGACUUGCUGCCCCUGGACGAGACAGGCCCUCUCCCUUGCCCCCCCCUCAGCUGCAAAGACGAUUCUGCUCCCAAAGCUCCCGCUAGCGAGACAGACUCAGAGUUAGACCCCGCCCACCGAAUAGGGGAGGACCAAUCACCUGAGGAAUGGGAGGAGCAAGUCCAUUUAGUGUGAGAUUUUAAAUGGAUCUGAAAAACACCAAGAGAGGAGGGGUUGGGUAGAAAGGAUAUUUGGAGAGGUUAGAGAUUAUCAGAGUGACACUGACAGAGUUAGAUGUGGAAGGAGAUGGGUAGAUGGAAAAAAAUAACAGGAGUUAGUUGUUUUUAACUCAAGUGUUUCAUUUUUUUGUUAUACUGUAUGUUAAUGGCAAAGUUUUUGCGACCACUUUGUUCCUUGUCUGGGGCGCUUUGUCAGGUAACAGCGACGUCUGGAGGAGUGUGAUUCAGGCCGGCUGUAAGUGGAUGCACUUAUGCUUUGACAUCUAAAAACAAGUGUUUCAAAGUCAAUCCAAGGGUGCACCUUAUGAAAGCUACUGAUAUCAUAGUUGUUUACUGCUUCAGUCGUUUACGUUUUGAACUAUUUAUUUAAUAUUUUUAUCUGAUUGUUUGUCCUUGUUGUCAAGAGUUGCUCUAAGGGUUCUCCUCGGGCGAUGCCUGGCGCUAAUCAUGCAGGUUACCAUGGUGCCCGCAUCUUGCACCUGCAACUUGGGUAACACCCAUCCACAGCCUCCACCCCCUCUCACCCAUGACUACCACCCCCUUACUACUGCACCCAGCCAGCCUGUACUGACUCCCUGGUUGGCCGGGGUGGUAUUAAAACCUGCUGACGGAGCGUUACGAUAGCCUGAGUACCUGCUGACGAUAGCGUUACGAUACAAUCACCGUCAUCAUGCCACUAUUUAUUUUACCAGGGAUGUCCAUGGUGACACGUGUGCCUCCUGAGGGCCGCACUCGGGACUGACCUUCAUCACAGUGUUGUCGGGGAAAAGGCGUUGUUUUAUACCCCGCACUCUACAGCCGACGGUGAAAGAGUUGGACGCACCGGCAACAGACCUUGGACGUCAAAUCGCCGGGCGUCACGGCGAUGGUAUCUAGUUUUCCUUGGAGCUACGCCCGUUGUGAUGAUGUGGUGGGAUCACUGAAGGAAUUAAACUAGCCUCUUUUUUAAUUUAUUUGAUGUUACUUUACCUGUCGGCCAGAGUACAGGAUGAACUACACAUUGCUCCUAGAGCGGCCAUCACAAUCAAUCUUUCCAGAUCCCUCUGCUAUUUUUCCAUCAGUCAUUAUCGGAAGGAAGUUAUCGGGCAACAUGGCUAACGUUUACAGAGUGACUAAAUUAAAAUAAUUAUUGGACACUUGCACUGUUUGAAUCCAAACACUUUAAUUUAGAAGGAUUUCAAAUAUGAAUUGAAAAAGGGGCUUUUAUUUUGUAUAUGUACCUACUCCUUGACUGACGGCCAGUACAGUGUGCUAUUGAUGAAUCUAUCAACAUGAGAGGCUUUGAUUGUUUUUUGAUAUUAUUCUUAAGCUCACCAUUCCAGUUUUAUACCCCAAUGCAGAAUAAUUUUCCUUUCCUAUGAGAUCACUCUGUUCAGUCUGUGUGCCUUUUUAGUUCUAUUUAAUAUAUCUUUAAUUUAUUUUUGUUUAGACGCUGCAUUAUCUUUAUACAGAGCUCUUGAGAUAUAGGAAUUGUGACUUUUACGAUAACCGACAUAACACCUCUCUGGUGCGACUGUUGCCAUAUGUGGGAAAGGGGUUCAAGUUACUAGUGAAUGACCAGAUAUCCCUUUGUGCCCUUCGAAGUCUGGUAGACCAGAGGCAAAUGCCACAAAGCAAAGUCCACUUGCUAGCCAGCCUCUCUCGUCAAAAACACAUUCUUAACUUAAAGUAAUUCAAUAACGUAUAACUCAGAGGAUACUUUAUUCAAUCUUUCAUCCUCUGGCUGGAUUUACGCUCUCUUGUUCUGAGUUCAUUCUAAGUUCAUGUUUUUAUAUAAGGGUCUUGCUGUGUGAAGUUUCCUCUGAGUCUUUAGUUUUCCUACUGCCUGUAUCUUAAGGUAUACUACUCAACUGUACUGUUUACAAAUGGUCAAAGUUGAACACUGCCUUUAGUUGUCGAUAGGUGCUUUGAAAAACAGACUGUGUUGAUGAUAUUGGUUUGACUGUGUUGCCAAACAGAUGUGAAAUAAAUAUUAGCGACACACUACCCAGGAAUAAAUUGGGUUUUGAACGCUAGUUAUUGAAAAGUA